CAUCAUACAAAGAUCUUGACUUCCAAGUGAUUGAUCAAGAAAUUACAAUGGAGAUUGAGAUAAUCUCAAGAGAGUGCAUCAAACCCUCUUCUCCAACACCUCAUCACCUAAGAACCUACAAGAUCUCUCUGGUUGAUCAAUUUGGCGCUCCAGCGUUAGUUUCCAGCAUCCUUUUCUAUCCACCAUCCAAGCUAGCUCCCUCUCCAUGUCCAAGAGAUCACAAGUGCUAAAACAAUCUCUAUCAAGCACUCUCACUCUUUAUUAUCCGAUCGCUGAGGAAACCAUUUGUUGUGAAACAACUCCAGGUGGUAAUGUUGUGAUGAUACAAGAAACUGUGUUUGCUUGUGGUGGUUUUGCUAUAGGCAUAGUUACUCCACACCAUAUAUUUGAUGCAACUUCUUCAAUAGUAUUCCUCAAAACUUGGGCUACAAUGGUUCGAGAAGGAGUAGCGAUACCUCCCGAUUUCAACUCCUCCUUUUUGUUUCCUCAAAACCCUAAAUUUCCAAAUGAUGUGAUGAGCUCAAUUAUACCAAGCCAGGUAUUUGGUAGAGAUGGUAACUUUGUUUUUAGGAGGUUCGUGUUUGAAGGAUCAGCUGUAAGCAAUCUUAAAUCCAAAGCAGCAAGCUCUGGAGUGCGUAACCCAACACGCGUAGAGGUUGUUCUUGCAUUCCUCUUUAGAUGUGUCAUGUCUGCAUUGAAGGCAAAAUAUGGUGCCCAAAAAUCAGUUUUGAUGUCUACUUCGGUGAACUUGCGAUCGAGGGCUAUGCCACCAUUACCGAAAACAAGUGUGGGAUGUUUAGUUUUGCUAGUACCCGUUUUAAUUGGUGAGGAAACUGAUUUGUGUAGUUUCGUGGGCCGGGUGAGGGAAAGCGUAUCCACAAUCAAUGGUGAUUUUUUGAAGAGCCUUCAAGGUGCUGAAGGAAUGCAACGAUUUUUAGAGUUUGCGACAGAGACUCGUGAAACAUAUUCUAAGGCUUUGUCCGAUGGAGCGGAAUUCAUGGUGUUUAAUAGCUGGUGUAACGCAGGCAUGUACAAUGUUGAUUUUGGUUGGGGAAAGCCGAUAUGGUUUCCAUCUAUUCCUACAGCGGUUCGUGGAUCUGUGAUUGGUCUCUUGGAUGCUAGAAUGGAUAAUGGAAUAGAAGCAUGGAUGUCACUGGAAGAAGAAAUCAUGUAUGCGGUUGAGCAUGAUGAGGAACUCCUUUCAUUAGCCUCAGUAAAUCCAAGUCCUCUAGGAAUUGAUUCAUUAAUGAAGUCGAACCUUUGAUCUAUCCAUCUAUGUGACUUCUCUUGUUAUGCUUUGUUUUGCUUACUUUUUCUUUUCUUUUUUUUUUCUUAAUUCCAUGUCAAAAUAGUUUGUUAAUGUGUUUUCCUUAAAGUCGUUUGUUGUGAUCGAUUUCAAUUACAUUAAUAAAAGAUUUCUCCUUCCUGU